AUGGGCAUCCAAGAGGCAGACGGAUUUUUAUUUGAUUUAGGGCUUUCUUCGGACCAGUUAGCGGCUACAGAAAGGGGGUUCAGUUAUCGGUCAGAUUCACCAUUGGAUAUGCGAAUAAGCCAUACAACCAAACUAUCAGCCACCGAUAUCAUUAACGACUAUCCAGAAGCCAAAUUAGCCGACAUUUUUUAUCAUUACGGAGAGGAAAGAAAAGCCCGCCCUAUAGCUCGCAAAAUUUGUUACUGGCGAAAAAAAGAGAAAAUUGUCAACUCUCAGCAAUUGGUGGGAAUAGUCGCUUCCUGUUUUUCCCGCAAAAGUAAUAAACAUCCUGCUCGCAAAGUAUUUCAAGCCCUGCGAAUAUUCGUUAAUAGAGAGUUAGAAAAUCUGAGCCAAACCUUAGAAGCCGCUCUUAAUUAUUUAGCUAUCGGCGGUAGAAUUGUCGUCAUUGAUUAUCACUCUCUGGAAGACCGAAUUGUCAAACAAACAUUUCGAAAAUAUUCCGGACCCAACUUCCAAAUUAUCACCAAAAAACCUUUAACUCCCACACCUCAAGAAGUCCAGGAAAAUCAUCGGUCUCGGAGUGCCAAAAUGCGGGUUAUUGUGCGGAAAGGAUAG